AUGGGCCAAGAACAACACACCAACGGCACGAAUGGCGUGGCCAAAUUUCACCCGGACAAACCCAACCCAGCCCUGUUCACAAACGAAAAGCGCGAGAUCUUCAUGGGCACAUCCCCAGAGCUCAACCCCGGACCCUCAGACUGCGUAGUACGAAUGAGAUGCAACGGCAUCUGCGGCUCCGACGUCCACUUCUGGCACACGGGACGAAUCGGCCCUCUCAUCGUCGAACACGACCACUGCCUAGGCCACGAGGGCGCCGGGACUGUAGUCUGGAAAGGCGCUGAAGUCACCCACCUCCACGUCGGCGACAACGUCGCCGUGGAACCCGGCGUGCCAUGCGGGACUUGCUUCCAAUGCUCCAGCGGCAACUACAACCUCUGCGCCGACGUCAAGUUCUCCGGCGUCCCGCCACACGCAGGGUCGAUUCGAAGGUUCCACGUCCAUCCCGCCACAUGGCUGCACAAACUGCCGCAAGGCUUCUCCUUCUCAGACGGCGCCCUGCUGGAACCACUGAGCGUCGUCCUGCACGGCUUCGAGCGCAGCCCCAUCAAACUCGGCGAAGCAACCGUCAUCUGCGGCGCCGGCCCCAUAGGCAUGUGCGCACUCGCCGUCGCGAAAGCUUCCGGAGCCGCGCCGAUCCUCGUGACGGAUCUGGAUCCAGGGAGGUUGAAAUUCGCGAAGAACUGGGUGCCCAACUGCGUGACGUACCAGAUCGACACGAAGAAGAACUACCAGGACAACGCCGCGGAUAUUCUGAGGACGCUGCAGGAAGCUGGUGGCGAUCAGCCGAGAGUCGUGUAUGAGUGCACUGGCGUCCAGAGCAGUGUUGCCACGGCUUGCUAUCUUCCACGACCGGCUGGUGAGAUGAUGGUCAUUGGCGUUGGGAAGCCGAUGAUGAAUGAGAUUCCGUUUAUGCAUAUCUCGUUGGCGGAGGUCGACCUCAAAUUCAUUAACCGCUCCCAUCACUCAUGGCCGAUGGCUAUCCGACUGCUCCAGCACAAAGUCAUCGAUCUCCAACCCCUUAUAACCCACCGCUUCAAGCUCGAAGAAGCCGACAAAGCUCUUGAAGCAUCAGCGGAUCGAAACUCAGGCUCGAUAAAGAUCCAUAUCGAGGAUCUGGAGCCAUGA